AUGGGGUACAUAAAAAUAUUGACCGCUGUCUUUGGACUACAAUCAUGGAUUAUAUUGUUAUUAUCGGCGGAUCAGCGUCUCAAAAAACGCGUCCCAAAUUGUUCUUUCACAGAGAUAGAGGGCGAAUUGUACGCAGAUUGCUCUAACAAGAAUCUAUCGAAUGCACCGAACUUCUCAAAUUGGACUUAUCCAAUUGUUGGAACAGACUUAUCCAUAAAUCACCUGUCCAAGUUCCCUUCACAUCUACCGAAGACGCUGAAGUAUCUAAAUGUCUCAGCAAACAGCUUGGACAGAUUGUCGAGACACGACAUUCGUGAGUAUCCACAGUUGAUUGAAUUACGGAUGUCCAAAUGCAAACUUAAAGUUCUGGAGUCUCACUCACUUAAUGGAAGCCAGUUAAGGUAUCUGGAUGUUUCUGGCAACAGAGAACUGACGUUGUCAGUGUUAAAGACUAUUUCGUGUGAUCUGGUGAACAGUUCAAUAGAAACUCUAAUCCUUGACGAACUUCAAUGCCCAGUCGGGCCUAGUAUUCCCCUAAGGGAAAAUUCUGUCAAGUGUCUGAGAAACACCAGUCUGAAAACGCUAUCUCUGGCAUCAAAUAGAAUUGUCUCCUUACACCAUCUUGUGAUACCAACACUCCCAGAGUCUUUAACAGUGCUCAAUUUAAGUGACAACAUGUUGAAUUGGGGGUGGUAUCUUUUUCAAUUUCCUCAGCUGAAAUCAAUAAAAGUUCUAGAUUUGAGUUACCAAUCUUAUGUCCCUGAACUACAUUUAGAGGAUAUAGAAUGUGCAUUUAAAGAGGAAAAUUGCACUACCGAGGAAAAUGAGCGAGAAGGAAGUGAACGAGAGCCAAACAUAUACGACUUUGAAAGAUUAAGAUAUACAAUCUAUCUUCCACAAUCAUUGGAAAAACUUUAUAUUCACAAUUGUGGUUUCAAAUUCAAAUUGAAUCAUCUUACUUACGAGGCUGGAGAAAAUCUAUCUUAUGUGACACUUCAAAACAAUGUAUUACAUGAAUGGAACGCUCGGCUGUAUGGAUUACAACCAGUGAGAUAUCUCGACAUGUCUAACAAUUUCUGCACCAAAGUCAACAAAGAUUUCUUUGUAGAUGGUAAAAAUUUAAUUUUUCUAGACCUAUCUAAGAAUAUCUUAGGUGAUAGCUUUGCGAAAGACACCGAUGGGAAUAUUUUCCGAUCCCUGGGGAGCCUAAAUAUUCUUGAUAUAUCCCAAAAUAAAAUCACAAUUUUACCACGUAAAAUGUUUCAGUCCACGGUCAAUUUAAGGGAGCUGAGACUUUCCCAUAACCAUAUCACAAAAUUUGAAGUUAUGAUUCAACAUAUGAAACACUUGUCUCUCCUGGAUAUUUCUCACAACCAAAUCGAGACCCUACCAGCAAAUAUUCAGGAAGCUAUAGAUGAAAUGGCGAAAACGCAUCCGAUAAAAAUAAACUUAUUUGGGAAUCCUUUAAGCUGCAGGUGUGAACAUUUAGAUUUUAUUGUAUGGCUUCAUCAACACCACAGCAACAUAAUUUUUAUGAAUUUUGAGAACUACAUAUGUGUUUUUCAGAACGAAAAACACGUUCUGAACAGCACUACGCUCCUGAAAUUGCACAAACAAUGUGCAGAAUAUUCCCUUCUAAGUGUCAUAUUGUUUGCUGUUAUUUUGAUAUUUACUAUCAGUGUAAUUUGUAAGAUCAUAUACCGGUUCAGAUGGCGCCUUCGUUACCUGUAUUACAUCACUGUAAAACAAUCAAACGCAGAUACAGCUGACCCAAAACCGUACAGGUAUCACGCUUUUAUUUCAUAUGCAGCGGAAAACGAAACCUUUGCAAUUGAUGUCAUCAACGAUUUGGAAAGAAACAGUAAUCUUAGAGUGUGCUUCCAUAGCAGAGAUUUUAUUCCAGGCACAGCCAUUGCCGACAAUAUAUCGAAUGCCAUUCAGAAUAGCAGACGAACUGUGUGUUUUGUGACGUCACAUUUUCUUCAAUCCUAUUGGUGUAUGUUUGAAUUCAACAUGGCACGCAUGGUGUCGUUCUAUUCUCGAGCCGGAGAAAAUGUUCUUAUUCUUGUUCUUCUUGAGAAAUAUCCGACACACAAGAUGCCAUUGGACUUGAUAGAGUUUAUUCAGUACAAUUCGUACCUGGAAUAUCCAGGGAAUUUUGUUGACAAAGAAUCCUUCACUUCACAGCUUGCAAAACACCUGUAGACCAAAUUUUGUAUUAAUGUAUUGAGAACAAACUUAUUGCUGUUACGCAACUAGGUGAAGGGUUUCGAUAGUAAAAUGCACACUAAUUUUGGGACAACAUUACACUUUGAAAUCACAAGUAAAAGUACAAUUGUUACGGUUAAAUAUUGAAACAAUACUACCUAUGUGUUGACUGUGAUUGAGCUACCAUAAAUUUCUGUCAUGGUAUUUUCCCGUGACGUCAGUUGAAUAUUACGUAACACUUUAUUUUUGGAAAACACCAAGAGGCCCUAGUUGUAAACAAAAGUUCGGGUUGAUGUGUGUUAUCAGCUGAAUAUUUAUUGAUAUAGUUAGAAAUAAAUAAAAAUCCUUUACAUGAAAGAUGUUGGGAGCAAAUGCAUACUUAAACUAAGCAUGCUAUAUUGAACAACAUACCAACACCACCAGUGAAUAAUCAUGGUUGUCAACAUUCCAAUAGAUACCAUACCGUUCAUAUACAAGAGAGAAGUUGCUCCCAGAUCUUUUAAAAGCUUGUUCUGAGUAUGGUCAGUUUUUUAAUCAAGGCACGCUAAUGACAAGCACGUUGAUUGUGCAGGGGUUCCAACAGUUUCGUUUAAAGUCAGCAUUUCGCAAAUGAUAUGUUCGUUAUAACAAUCUAAUUAGCAAAUAAAACCUAUCACUG